UCGAUAGUAGUGUUAUCAAGUGGCUUUAAAUGCCGGUGCAAGAAGAAGAUACAUAGAUAACAAAUAUUGGUUGUAACAUAAAAACUAGUAUAUGCCAUAAAUUAAGUAAAUAUGAAUGCAUUAAGACACACAAUAUCACUCGUGGCGCUGGGCACUUUUCAGCUUGGUCGCCGCAUGAAAAGUCAGCAUUUACAUGGACUUCUGCUUGGCACUGGGCUGGGUCUUUCGACCAUCGCAUCGGUCACGUACGCACAGGCCGAAGCAGCAAAGGUCAGCCGUAAGUUGAACAUAUCCAAAUUUAUGGCUGAGCCUAUUACGGACUCAGCUACAUUGCUAGAGGAUAAGGAAAAUAUGCGCCACCGAAUGGAACUGAUGAUCAUGGAGAUUCAAGCCGAGUUUUGCCGUGCACUCGAAUCGGAGGAGUUUAAUGGCCAAAAAUUCAAAGUGGAUCGUUGGCUACGCAAGGAGGGCGGUGGCGGCGUCACCUGUGUCCUGCAAGAUGGUGACGUCUUUGAAAAAGCUGGCGUCAAUGUUUCCGUUGUGACCGGCUGGCUGCCACCGGCAGCUGUGCAGCAGAUGCGUUCAAGAGGCAAAAAUCUAACAGAGAACGUUAAGCUGCCAUUCUUCGCUAGCGGUGUCAGUGCUGUUAUACAUCCGCGUAAUCCCCAUGUUCCGACCAUACACUUUAACUAUCGCUACUUCGAAGUCGAGCUGCCCGAUGGCUCGAAGCAGUGGUGGUUCGGCGGUGGCACGGAUCUCACGCCCUACUAUCUGGACGAAAACGAUGCCCGCCAUUUCCAUAAGACAUUAAAGAGCGCCUGCGACGAACACGACACCGCUUACUAUCCGAAGUUCAAGAAGUGGUGUGACGACUACUUCCACAUCAAGCAUCGCAACGAGUCGCGUGGCAUCGGAGGCAUCUUCUUCGAUGACAUCGACGAGCCCAGCCAGGACAGCGCCUUCAAAUUUGUGACCAGUUGCGCACGAGCUGUGAUCCCGUCGUAUCUGCCGCUUGUGCAGAAGCAUAAGAAUGCCGACUACGGCACCAAAGAGCGCGAGUGGCAGCUGCUACGGCGCGGACGCUACGUGGAAUUCAAUUUAAUCUACGAUCGUGGCACCAAAUUCGGUCUGUAUACGCCUGGAGCCCGCUACGAGAGCAUACUUAUGUCCCUGCCACUGCACGCCCGUUGGGAAUAUAUGCACGAACCAAAGGCCACAUCCAAAGAAGGCGAUUUGCUAAUGGUUCUGCGUAAUCCCAAGGAAUGGGUUUGAGUUGAGUUGUUUUAAUUUUUUUAUCUAACUGUAAUGGGAUUGGUGCCUUUCAUGAUAAAGUUUUGAUAGUAGUAUAAGAGUUGACAAUAUUUAUGCCUGUACAAUCUAUUUCCGUUAAAAAAUUAAAAAGUUUAAUAUUACGAUAAA